CCUCCUUCUCUCUCUGACUCCCUCUCUCUGAGCAGGAAUGUGGAAACCGGAGUCCCACAGACAGUCAGCGCCGCCCGCACGUUUCUGCACCGCACCGGAGUGAAUAACUGAUCUUUGCCUCGGAUAAAUACAUUGAUGAGAAGGAAGUGAUUUGUGAACGAAUUCUGCGGACACUUUGUGGAUUUACACUGUCAGCUCGAACGCAUUUCUUUUCUCUUUUGCUCGACCUAAGAAAAGUUUGCUUUGAGCCCCAACACAGCUGGAGUCAGCAGAUGGAAAUAACCUCUCAGUGUUCACCGAGCGCACCUUAUUCCGGAGCUCUCCCAACAUGGACCCGGAGUCACUGAGAAGGUGAAGGCUGCUAGUGUUAAAUGCUCACUGCAAGGCUUCCCACAAAACAGCGACCGCUCAUAUAACUGCUGUUAGUUCAGUGACAGUGUGAACCAUUUGCAGACUGUUUACCAUGGCGUCUAGUCUGACAUGUACGGGUGUUAUCUGGGCCCUGCUGUCCCUGCUGUGUGCUGCUGCCUCCUGCGUUGGCUUCUUCAUGCCCUACUGGCUGCUGGGGACACAGAUGGACAAGCCAGUGUCCUUUGGCACGUUCCGGCGCUGCUCCUACCCGGUGAGGGACGAGGAGAAGCAGGCCACGGUGAUGCUGGAGCAGUGCGGGCGCUACGCCUCCUUCCACGGCAUACCAAGUCUGGAGUGGAGGAUCUGCACAGUGGUGACGGGCGUGGGGUGCGGCCUUCUCCUGCUCGUGGCCCUCACAGCUCUCAUGGGCUGCUGCAUCUCUGACCUCAUCUCUCGUACAAUUGGCCGUGUGGCUGGUGGCAUCCAGUUUGUUGGAGGGUGCUUCCAGCGUCCUCAGAGGCAACGAGCAGCCGUGACCAUGCUCCCACUCAGAGGUGACGGUCUGCUCAUAGGAUCUGGCUGUGCACUCUAUCCAUUGGGAUGGGACAGCGAGGAAGUACAACAGACCUGCAACAACAGCUCAGACCAGUUUCAUCUAGGUUCUUGCCAGAUCGGCUGGGCGUAUUACUGCACAGGGGCAGGGGCAGCUGCCGCCAUGCUGCUGUGCACCUGGCUGUCUUGUUUUGCGGGGAAGAAGCAGAAGCAGUACCCGUACUGAAGGGAGCAUCAGAGAGACGGGGGACAGGCAGAGACGUCAGGCGGUACGACGAUAAGGAAGAGGACUCUGACUCUGUGGACUCAUGCCGGUACAGCACAUCAGGCACCAAAGACAACAAGUCGUUGUGGUGCCAAGGACAUCAUGGGACACAACUCAUCUGACAACUGCAGGGACCGUUUCAUAAUGCAACACACACAUACAUGGCUUUGAAAACUGGUUCUUCUCUUACAAGCUGUUCUUAAAUGAAAAAUGUACGGACCAAUCCUGUUUGUAAAAUUGUUACAUUUCUUUAAUGAAAAGAGUAUUCUCUGUUUUUUUGUCUUCCUCCUCUUCAGUCAUUGAUGUUUAUGUGAUAGUGUGCCCUGUGAUGAAGAGAAAAGUAAUAUUGCUUCAUUGUUACGUGAAGUGUUUCUGUCUCCUCUUCAUGCCUCAUCCUUGCCUUAAACACAAACUGAAAUGCAAUAAUCCCUAUAAAGCAAUCCAACACUGGCUGCCUGCUUCCUCAACUCAGCCUUUUCAGAUCCCCCCCAAAAAAUCUAAGCAUAGUUUAUUUAACACAUUCAUAAAAUAUACGUUGUGUAUGAUAAUGUAUUUUAUCAUAUUAGCACAUGUUUUGUAUUCACUCUUCAAAGUAUUCUUUGUCAUUAUUUUCUUUUUGUAAAUAAAUGCUUAUUGAA